UUACAAUUUUGUUUGAAACCGACCGGGAGCCGCGAAGAGCUUUGUUUUAUUUAUAGCGAAGAGUGUGUAAAAAUUUAAUAAUUUAUGGAUUUCAGCUUGCAACCUACACCGAACAAACCAUCUUAGAAUUACAACCUGGCAUAUGCGGCCCUAAUUCCUAGGAUACAGCCACGAAUCCAGAAUACAAGAAAAAAAUUAUUUUUUUGUCAAAAAAACAUUUUUGAGAAUGAAUGCAGUAGCAUUAUUUGUGCAACCGCAAUCCACAAACGAAUUGCCAGACAGCUGUUAUAGAGACCCAAAACAAAUUCGGACUUGCGAUUACACGAAAAUAUCAAGUAUUAUAUCCUUUGUGCAGGAUGAGCAUGCUGCGUACAAAUUCACCGUUUAUCGUUGCGCUUCUAAGGUGCUGAGCAUACAAAAACUACUGUUUACUGCCGACAUACCAUAUAAGCUUGUACAAGCUUUAAUGGAUCGAUACAAAAUACUUGACGUAGAUGCCAAUUUCAUGGUACCACCGUUUCAAUUGACAACAUUUAUUCAUGAUCUUUACUAUGCUUGCGAGACUCUGGGACAUUUUAGUAAAUCAGCAACAUAUCGUAUUGAAACUGCUACAAGUGUUUUAGCAACUUUCUUUUGGAAUAUAUUCGACCCAAAUCGUCGUCACUCUAUUUCGGCGUUGGAAAUCAAGGUUAUGUUCCUGUUGCUUUGCAAACAUUAUAUUACUUUGGAAUGGAGUGUUGAAUUUUAUAACUUGUUGCAUGAUAAAAAAACUAGAUGCAUAUCGAAGAAGAACUUUGAAUAUUUGUUAGAUAUCUUAAUAAAAGCCUUCAGUUACAUAGGGGAAGAAAAUGCAUAUGGCGGUCAAAAUAAAAAUCUGGUAAUGGAUCAGUGUUUCGCCAAGUAUCCAAAUUCAUACGGCUUAACCGAGCCGCAAUUCAAAAACUUAUGGAAUGAUAAGCAUACACGUUUCAGUAUUUACACCAAUCUAAUAAAGUUAAUCAAGCGUAUGCAAGACACCGAAAAAUUAAUACACAGCAACAUUUGUGCAGCUUGCUGUACCCAGAUCAUUGGGAUUCGUUUUAAAUGCAGGACGUGCCAUAAUUUGUCGCUGUGUUUUUCCUGUUUCGCUACCGGAUAUGUAGUAAACAAACAUGAUGCCAGGCAUCGAAUGUACGAAGUGUUCACAGAGCAAACACAAGAAGAUACGAGGGGCUUUUGCAAUACAAAUGAAUCUGCGAUUGUUGACGACACGGAAGUGGAAAUGAUAACAACUGAGAGUACACUUGCCACUGAAGCAAAAACCACGGAUAUUGAUGCCAGAGCUGAUACAAUUGAAACUUCCAUUGCAGGUCUCUCCACUAGCGCCUCAACUGCUUCAAAUGUGUCUGAACAUUUACAAUCUAUUAUCGACAGACUAGUACAACAGAAUUUGAAACUUGAGAAACAAAUCAAAUACGUAAAGGUAGCCAGCAAUCAAGAAAUUGCUAAUUUUCUACAAUCACAUCAGCAGUUCUUAAUUGGCAUUAUCAAUGAAAUGAGAAGAUUUUCGCAAAUAUCAAAGUCUUUAAGUUCAUAUCCCACAUCAAGCACGCCGAAUCGCUCGAUUUCUGAGAAAACACAAACACAAGGAAACGCAAUUGCAGCAGACAACUUUUGCGAGGAGGGCAGUACUUUAACGCAUUCGAUAAAUGGCGCAGAUUUAAAUCGUAGUUAUUUGGAUGCAAACAAAUCGGAUGCUUCAGUUAAUGACCUUAGUUCAUGGUUUAAUCAGCGAAGAGCCUCUGCUUCACUCCAAAUGUCAAUUGGCUUCGAGACAUUACCAAAAAUUGAGGGCGGUUUGGAAAUAGUCGAUUUACGAGACACCGAUAUGAUAAAUUUCAAGGUGCUAUUAAAUAAAGUUAAAGAGAUUGUGGAGGACUCCUUUAGUGAUAAUACUGAACUGGCAGCGGCUACACAGAACCUGGAAAAUGUUUUAGAUAGUAUUGUUAGAAAUGAGGAGAGACGGAGAAGUAGCUCCUGAGAAGGCUUUGGAUAGCGUAGACCUUUUUUGGCAUUCAAAACUUCAUCAACCAAAAGCUGACGAGUGUGUUCGUUUGUAAACAAAUAUAAGUUAAUAGUAAAAAUGCUGUUAUUGAUCAAAUGUAAAAAACUUUCACAAAUGUGUAAAAAUAUAUUGGUAAUUGCAAUUUUUAACAUUUUUGCAGUUUACGAUCGCACGAACUUGUAACGAAGGUAGUUCGUAGUUUUAGAAACAUAUUUUAAAACUGCAUUGUAUAUAUUAAAACAAAUGACAAUUUAAUUAAUUGAAACUCUAUAUUAACAUUGAUAUACACCGUAGUAUUUUCAAAAAUACAUAUGUACAUCUGUUUUUAAAAUUGCGCUCAAUAAAUAUUUU